AGCAAUAUUAAAUCUUUUAUUGUUUAUUUAAUUUUAUUGCCUUAUUAUUUUAAUAUUUUUAUGAUAUUUCAAUUAUAAUAUUUAAAGAAUAGUUUUCGAGAGAGCUUAAAAAUAGCGGGAAAAUUGAUGUCAUGUGAUACCAACAACCAAUCAGAAUGUGAAUUUGAUCUAUAGAUUUGGCAACAAUGUUGCCUGACUCAGGCAGACGAUAGUAGUGUCACUUUCUUCUAGACAGUGAGUUGAAUAGUAGUUGAAGUUAAGUUCAAUAGUAAUUCGAUUAUUCUAUUUAUCAAAUAAAGAUCGUAUAAAAAGAAGAAUAAUUGUAUAUUUUGAACAAGCAGCUUUAAUAAGAUAAAUCUGUUAAAAACAAGAAAAAUUAAUAUGAUAUAAGCAUACAUAAAAAAUAUAAAAAUGGAUAAAUUACAUCAACAUAUUCUCAAAGUAUUAAGAAAAAGUAUAAUGGCUGAUAUGGAUGUACACAAUGGUAUUAUAAAGCUAUUGCAAUCAGAAUAUAUAUUAACAGAUAUACAAAUAAAAAGAAUUGAAAAUGGUGCUUCUAAAGAAGAAAAAGCUGAAAUUUUAUUAGAUAUACUUCCAAGUUGUGGUCCAGGUGCAUUUGAUAUUUUUCGUCAAGCUUUAAAACAUCAUUAUGAAUGGUUAAGUAAUGAUAUGGAUAAACUCGAAGAAAGUGUAAGAUCAUUUUGUGACAUAAAGAAUAUCAAUACACCCACUCUUCCUCCAACAUCACCAUUAACUGUUGUAAGAGAAGCAAAGAUAAAACAGUUACAAAGUUAUUUGGAAGAAUUGCAACCAAAUGAAUAUAUUGUACUUCAUGGUAUGAAAGGUUUUGGUAAAUCAUGUUUAACAGCUAGUACAUUAAAAAACAUGAAAUUUGUAAGAAAUAUAUUUUGUAAUGAAGUAUAUUGGAUCAAAUUUGGAUAUAAACGUCCAGUUGAUGAAGAGAUAUUAUUUCAACUUAAUACAUUGUAUCAUCGUGUCAAGAACUUGGAAAUAGUCCCAGAAUCAUUAAAACCAGAAUCUUUAAAAGAUUCAUUAAUUUAUUUUUUGCAAGAACAUUUUAGUAGAGAAAAACAUUGCCAUGCUUUAUUAAUUUUAGAUGAUGUUUGUGAUUCAAAAAUAAUCGAAACAUUUGAUUUUGGCUGCAAAACAUUAGUAAUUACAGCUGAUCUUGAUGUUGUAUGGGAAAAAAGACCUCGUGUGAUCGAGAUGAAUGAUGGAUUUACUGAAACAGAAUCUUUAGGUCUCUUUGCUAAAGUAUUAGAUACAGAAAUAGAAAAUCUUCCCUUAGAAGCAAAACGAAUUCAUGAUGAAUGUAAAGGAAUGCCUUUAUUAAUUGCAAUGUUUUCUGCUCAAUUUAAGGAAUUUAAACAUGAUAUGAAAUUACGUCCAGAUAGAUGGAAGUACUAUUUAAAUUCAUUAAGAAAUAAGGAUGAAAAUAAUCAUGUAAUUAAAAAAUUUUGGGAAAAACAAGAAGUUAUCUUUAAUAUGUGUAUAGAACAAUUACCUCUUGAAAUGAGAAAACGUUAUGAAGAAUUAGUUAUUUUUAGAGAAGAUGUUAACAUAACACCACAGACAUUGGAAAUUCUGUGGGAGGGCGGUCUAUUUCAAGUUGAAGAAAUGAUGCUUGAUUUGUGUCAUAAGUCACUUGCAGCUAAACAAUGGAAUGACGAAUUACGCAGUUAUAUAUACGGUGUUCAUGAUUUAUUACUUUGUCACCUUCGACAAAAAUUUUCAAAAAAUGAAUUAAUACAAAUGCAUAAAUCAUUGAUUAAAAAAUAUCAUAAAUAUUGCAAUGGUGAUUUUUCGAAAUUACCAGCAGAUAAUUAUAGUCAUUCAUAUAUUGGAUAUCAUUUGGAGCAAGCAAAAUUAUAUGAUGAGUUUCCUAAUAUAUAUUUAGAUUUUGAUUUCAUCCAACAAGCAAUAGUUCAUAGUGGUUUAAAUAAUUUAUUGAUUGAUUUAAAUAAUUAUAGAAAGUAUAUUACCAAAGAUUGUGAUCCAGAAUAUGAAAAACGCUUUGUUGAUUUGGAAAAAUUUUUAGAAGAAAAUUCAAGUACUAUAGCAGAACAUAGACGAAAAAAAUGUUUGGAUAUAGUACAAAUUGCUAUGAGUCAUCCUUAUCCGGGAUACAUUAAAGAUACUGCUAUUAAACUUGCAAAAGGAAGAUCUAAAUAUUUAUAUUUAUUUCAUGAUAAAACAGGACAAAUAGAUAUACCAUUGAGUGAAGAAAUGUCAACAGAAAUAUGUACAUCAUGUUUUAUAAAUGAUCCAAAUCUUAUAUUAAUUGGAAACCGAUCGGGUGAAAUAUUUUUAUGGUAUAGCAUUUUCAAAAGACAAAAAGUUUUCAAUGGACAUGACAAAAAUUGUUGCAUAAAAAAAAUUAUUGUAUGUAAUGAAGGAGAUUAUUUCUUAUCUUUAGAUGAUCGUGGUAUAGUAAAAUUAUUUAAAAUUUUUGAUGAUGAAAAUUAUGAAGAAAGUAAUAAUGCUAUAUUAAGUCCAAGACAAAAACAAUCUUUUUGGAGCGGAAUUUUUACAAGUAAAAUUCCUCGUGAUGAUAGUUCAGUAGUAUUUUCUGUUCCUAAUGAAAUUAUAUUAGAUGUGACAUUUUCACAUGACAGUAGUUCUAUUGCUGCUUGUACAAAUAAAGGAACAAUAAGGAUUUGGGAUUGUCAUGGAACUAUAUUAUCAACUCAUGGUCAUAAUCCUCAGAGUUCUCUUAAAAAUAUAGCAUUUACAUUAGAAAAUAAUAUUACUUCUUUACUUCAUAUAAUGGAUGAAAUACAUGGUGUUAUAAUAUCAUAUUGUAAAUAUGGUAAUAAAUAUGAAUAUAUAUCAACAUAUAAUUUAGAUUUGAAAAAGAAGAAAAUUAUCUUCUUCUGCAGUGUGCCACUACAAAAUAAUUCUUUAUUUAUUGUUACUCAAAAAAAAGCUAUAUAUGUGAAAUGGUUUAGAUCAAGUAAUAAUCAUAUGCAUAGUUAUAAUAAACAAGUAAGAGCAAGUGUUGAAAAUGAAAAAACCGUUUAUGUUUGUGCCAGUAUGACUGAUGAUGGUCAGUAUAUAGUUUUAGCUGAUUCUAGCGGUUUUAUAAAUGUAUGGAAUAUAAACAUUGGACUUCAUCCAAUAACUACUUAUAAAAGUCGUGUUUCUUCUUUGGACACAUAUUGGUUAAAAGAUGAAGGAUAUCACAUUAUAUGUGGAAGUGAGAAUCGAUUACUUCAUAAAUGGAAAUUUCCAGCAGAAGGAACUGGUAUAUCAAUAAAAAAACCUUUAUUUGAUGCAAAAGUACAGAAUUUUGGCAAUACUUCGGAUACUAUUGUUAUGGAAACACGUUCAAAUACUAUUAUUACAUUAAUUGGUGAUGAUAAAAUAGCAGAAACUGAACAAAUUGAUGGAAAAAUAAAUAAUUUAAUUCUUUAUGCGGAUAAAAUAAUUUAUGUUACUGAUAAAGGUAUGAUUAAUAUGUUUGAUACAAGAAGUAAAGAAAAUAUUCGUAUAUUAAACUUUUCAUCUAAUGUGGAAUUAGUCACAGUAUUAGAUAUAAAAACGGAUAUAAUUAACAAUGGUAUUCUCGUUUGUAGAGGGACAGAUGAUAAUUUACAGGUGUGGGAAAACGUAAAAUUAAAAUAUAUAAUUCCGAAUACAGGUUACGUUAUUGCAAUUCAUACAAUUGAUCACGAAUGUUUAGUAACAAUAACUCGAAAUGGAAUAAUAACAAUUUGGAACAUCAAAAAUAUGAAUUGGUUACAAACGGAUAGAGUGAACGGAAGUUCAGAGAUAAUUUUUACUUGUUUAAGCUAUCAGAAGAAUUUCUUAGCUGUGUUAAAUGAAAAUAGAGAUGUUGUUUUGUAUAAAUUACAGAAAGAUAUAAUAUUAAAUCCAGCAUAUAUUAAGAUAAUAGAAUUUUCUAGGCUAACAUAUAUUCAUAAAUUAACAUGUUGUGAAAUUUCACAAAACGAAAAAUAUUUAGCUAUAGGUUUUGAAAAUGGAAACAUUUCUAUUAUUGAUACAUUUACAUUCGAAGAAAUACGAAAAUUGAACUUUCAUACAAGUUCAGUUACUCAAUUACAUUGGGCUCCCUCUAUGAUUGAGAUUCCAAUUUUGCUUUCUGUAAGUUCUGAUGAAUUAAUUUGGUGGAAUAUUACUUUAAUUCUACAUAUACGUAAACCAAAAUCGGAGAAAAGAACCGUACUGAGUCACAGUUUUAGUUCUCCUUCUGUUAGUAAAAUAACUAAUGAUUUCCCACAUAUAUCUACUAGUCAAAGUAUAGAUUCGUAUAUUUGCCAUUUACAAAAUCAGUUACAAGGUAAAAAUAAUAUGAAUGAUGUAGAUAAACUAACUAAGUUUUGGAAAUCUAAAGAGGGUAAAGAUCCCAAACAACCAGGAAUACUAGCUAUUGUUGAGUUACCUUCAAAUUUUUUUGCUAAAAUAUGCGUAUCUACCGACUUCACUAAAUAUGUUACAGUUGAUAUAUAUGGAUCAAUCAGUACUUUUACAUUAUGUGGGUAUGAUUAAUAACAAAUAUUUUUAUAAUUCAAUUUAUAAUUUUUAUAUAUAACUUUUUGAAAAAGAAUCUUGCUUUAAAAAAUUUACAUAUAAAUUCAUUAUUAACUCUAUGUUAUAUUGAGUUUUAAUGGUAGAUGACUACAACAAAAUAGAAUAAGGAAAUAGAAUUUAAGAAUUCUAAUGAUUAUGUUAAAUGUGAGUAAAAUUUCAUAUAAUUUAAUUGACUAAUGCUCAAAACUAUAUUGAAAAGCAUAAAGUUCUUAAUAAUAUUUUAAUAUUACUGCCAUUUGCAUUUAUCAAAAAAUUAUAAGAUCUCUUAUUCAUAGAAGAAAACCAUAGUUCCAAUUUUUACAGCAUUUUUUAUAACGAAUUUAUACAUAAUAUAAUUUUUAGAUAAAUUUUUAUCCUUAUAAUUCGAUGCACUCGUAUUUCUUAGAAUUAUUCUUUAAGUGAUACAAGUUGCUGAAUGUAGUUUGUAAACUUUAUUCUACUUAUUUUUUUGUACAAAUGCUCUUUUUUACAUAAUUUUAUAUAAUUAUAUAUGAUUAUAAUAUAUACAUAUAUCAAUAUAUAGUUUAUACAUAAGUAUUAUUUAAUAUUAAUAUAAAAUAUAUUUUAGUAUUAUAUACAUUUUUGUAAAUAUAAGUAAUUGUAUUUUAUCGCAGAGAUUAGCAAAAUUUAAAAAAAAUUAAAUACUUUUAACAAUUAGAAAUUUUAUUGAAAUAAAAUAAAAAGAAUAAAAGAGAGAGAGAAAAAUAUCUAAAUUAUAUAACGAACCUAAAAAUUUUAUAAUUAAAAAAUUGAUUAUGUUAUAUUUUUAUGUAUUCUGUAUUAUUUAAAAAUAAUACUGCAAAAUAUUAAAAAUGUAAGUUAUUGAUAUGGAAGAAAAUUUGAUUUGAAUUUAUACUAAAUAAUAUUUAUUACUAAUUAAAAAAUAAAUUUUUAAAAUAAAUAAAAUUUAUCAUAAUAAUAUCAUAAAAUCAAAUAAAUUAUAAUUUAAUUAAAUAAUAAAAUAAAUUUUAAAAUUUGAUCGAAAUUUUAUAAUCAUAUUAAAACAUUGCAAUAAUUGUUAAUAUUUUAUAAAUUACAGGAAACUAUUAAAUUAGAAAUUUUCCAUAUCUUUGACUUUCAUUCAUUGAACUAUGAAGUCAAUAUUUUUUAUUGUUAUAUAUUUUAUACUAUGUGCCUUAAAUGUACAACAUAAAUACUUGAAAAAAAGUAUAUAUUUGCAUUGAAUUUUUAACAUAUUUAAAUUAUAUGUUAAUAAUUUAUGGCACAUGCCUUUUAAAUAAGAUACUUAAGUUAUGCAUUUAUUUUAUAUACCAAAUAUAAAAAAAAUAAAUUAAAUUGUAUUUUAAUUGGUGCAUAAAGUUAGUUCUUAUCUCAUAUGUUUUAUCUCAGUGUUGCAAUUUCUUUAAUUUUGACGAAUCUAUUUGAUUUUAUAUGAUUGUAAUAUUGCUAUAAAUGUUCCAAUGAGAUUACUUCAAGAUAGAUACAGACAACAAAACAAUAAUAUAAAAAAAAAUCCUAAGCGUUUCUAAGUACAACAACUUUGCACAAAUUAGAUAGAAUAUAUAUUGAAAAAUUUCAUGUAUUCUGAUACUACAUAUAUAGUUAUGUAUAUGUCGAAAUGUUUAUUAAUUAUUUUGUGAUAUAAGAAUACAUGUGACUAAUGUAUUCGUCUUAAUUGUGGUGCAAUUUAUGGGAAAUGUAAACAAUACUAAAGCUCACGAGUGAUAAUAUUUUAUCAGUCAAAACGAAGUUUGCAUUUUCUCAUUAAGAAACUCAAUUUUUUAAAACAUUUUUUGUAUUUUACGACGUUAUAAAAAUUAUAUACAUUGUAAUGUAAAUAAAAUUAUUAUAAAAUUCUGUAAAUAUA